ACACAUGUCAGUUUUUCAUCGCUCAAUCCACGCGCUCGAUUCUUCUGGCGAGUACAGAUGACAAUAUAAUCGCCCACGGAGAUGGAGCCACACGGAGACUCCUUGGUAAGAAGGGAGUCAUAAGCGCAGGAAAAUUGCGAUUUCAUUUGUCCGGAAAACAUUUCUUAUUCGAUUUAUUAUCGCUCUUCGGACAAAAAAAUAUAAUUUUUUUUUCGAUUACUCUCUGUGUUUCCCUCUCUUUUCAAUCUUUGGAGGGAAAAACUCAUCCACAGUGUUAUUAAUCACGGCACUGGUAAAAAUUCUAGGGUUUCUGUUUUCUCCGAUUGCAGCUCGACUGUCUGGGCUCGUGAACUGUUUCUUUUGUAUUUUCGAUCUCAGCUGCCGCUGCUGCAACUUCGGCGUUUUGGGAUCUGCGCUUGUUCCAUCUGUCUCGGGAAGGACAUUUUGUUUCUGAUUCUUUUUACCAAUCUGCCGAAGUGAACUGGAUAAUAACAGCAUUUUCAACAUCAAGAUAUUCUUCUCGAUUUGGAUAUGCAAACCAAGAAAAGAGUUUCUGGAAGAAAUUCUUCUAGAGACCAUGCCAGUCCCAGGGUAUCAAGAUCUCAGAGAAAAGUAUCGGAAAUUGUGCAAGUUGCAGAAAAGAAAGUUGCAGAUAUAAUUACAUCUUCUGCUAGAAAACAGAAAUCAGCUGGCACCUUUCCGAAGAAAAUUGAGGAUCCAAUUGCUGCAACCAAUUUGAAUGCUAGAUGCGGCUUGCAGCAGGACAAGAUUUCUCAUGCUUGUUUGGGGUAUGAUGCAUAUAAUGGUGCUUCCUUGGACUGCAAGAGUUGUAGCAAGGAAACUGCCAAUCGCGAAUUGGAAACUAUAUUUUCUCCCGCCUUCCUUAAAUCAAGAAGUGUUGGAGGGGAAAUUGUAAAUGGAGUUGAUUUCAGCAAAUUUUUCCAUGGUGGAGACCACAAGUUCCAUCAGGAUUGUGAGCCAGGGCACUCAGAGGUCAAUGAAAAAAAAAAUUCUGAGUCUAUUAAUUCAGAGGUUCUUAAUGAGGAAAAAAAUUCUUCAAUAAAAGCAUCAUGUCCUGGUAAUAUGGAAGUGGAUAUAGAUAUAUCAUCCAAAACUUCAAGUGCCAAUUGUGCUGGUCAAUUGCUUUCAUCGUAUACAAAUGCUCAGAACUUCCCAUGUGAUGUGGAUUUUGGUGCCGACCUUCCAUCUGGAGUUUCAGCUAUAUACCUUGCAAUGAAAAACUCAAAGCUGGAAUGCAUUGAUGAGCACGAUCAAGAUCCUAUGUCAACCAAUGUCCAUGUAGAUGAGGAAGAUUUUGAGGAAUUUGAUGAUUUCGAUCCAUAUUUAUUCAUAAAGAAUUUACCAGACUUGUCAUCGGUAGUCCCAACAUUCCGGCGCAUGCUGUUACCCAAACAAACACGCAGUUGCCCUCCAAUUUCUCUUGUUUUGGAUUUGGAUGAGACCUUAGUGCACUCUAGUCUUGAACCUUGUGAUGAUGCAGACUUCACAUUUCCUGUGAACUUCAAUCUUGUGGAGCAGACUGUCUAUGUUCGAUGUCGUCCUCACCUCAGAGAUUUUAUGGACAAAGUUGCAGGUCUUUUUGAGAUUAUUAUAUUUACAGCCAGUCAAAGCAUUUAUGCAGAGCAGCUUCUCAAUGUGUUGGAUCCUAAAAGAAAAGUAUUUCGCCACCGUGUUUAUCGUGAAUCCUGUGUUUACGUGGAAGGGAAUUACCUAAAAGACCUGUCUGUUCUUGGCCGUGAUUUGGCACGUGUUGUCAUAAUCGAUAACUCUCCACAGGCAUUUGGGUUCCAAGUGGACAAUGGAAUACCUAUUGAAAGCUGGUUUGAUGACCGUUCUGAUCAAGAAUUGAAACUAUUACUACCGUUUUUGGAGAGCUUGGUUGGAGUUGAAGAUGUUCGACCACUCAUAGCAAAGAAGUUCAACCUUCAGGAGAAAGUAGCUGCAGCUGUUCAUCCUACUUCAAACUUGAAGAACGGGGAUCCUCUUGAAAGAAUCAAAAGAUGAACACUUGAGUGCAUAUCUAGUUCUUCAGUUCAUUGGAAUGUCGGCUAUGUUUUCCUUGUACCUUUAGGCCAUUUACUUCGAGGAAUAGCAUUCCUCUGAUUGAUAUUGAGCUUGCAAUGUUUUAGUUGAGAAUAGGGGGGGAAAUGUAUUUGGAUUUUGAUCAUGAUUUGAGUGGUCAGAAGCUUUCAGGGAGGGGAAAAAAAGACGGGGCAUGGGAAUGCAUGUUGCUUAAUUGGCAAAUGAGCUUGUCUUGCGACUCAAGACUUACCAAUGUCCUUGAGCUUGUAUGUAUUAUUUGCUGGUAGAUGGCGAAGAUUUUCUGGCUGGAAAAAAAAUUUUCGAGGAUAAAUAAUUUAAAAAUGUGUGAUGUAUCCAAGUUGAAACAAUUAAUAGGGUUUUCAGAGUGUUUUCUUCAAAAA